CGGUAAAACAGUUUCGGACGGCGAACAGUCGCCCAGAGAAGUUGCGGCAAAGUCUACUUUCCUUUUCGCGUUCCAUCCGCGCUACGAUAAACUUUCGUCGAUUUUCCUCGUUCAUCUCACCGUCCGAGUCGCAUCGCUACCGUCGUUUCAACCUUGUAGUUUUUCAUGAAACUUUACGGCGCCGAGUCGAUUGCGCCGAAGAUCUUUCGCCGCUGGCGGCUUUCGCUUAUGAUUAUAAAGACUCGGCCCCCUGCAUCCGAACGUUGUUUACAUGGCCGUUCCGGUGUAAAGAUCGUAAUAUUUACAAGGCUGUGAUACGUGGGGAAGAGGAUAGAGUGAGAAUAACCCCCAUCGGUUUAUUGCACGGCUCGCAACGACGUUGAAUUAUACUCACAACCACUAUUUAUAAGUGCACCCGGGGCGACGUUAUUGUACGGAUGGUUGCAGAUCGGUGCUUUUAAAUCAUCCUCGUCAUGCCAAAGUCGGAGCUUUCUUCCCAGAACACUCUGCGACCUUUGGCUUCAUCAUCUGACGAACGUCGGCGAACAGGACGCUACAUUGCCGGAGGAACAGCCCUCGCCGUUACUCUACUCGCUCUUCACCAUGUCCUUAUGCGUGGGUCAUCCAGCCUCGCAGGAAUUUUCGUACCGGCACUCAUUAUGACGAUUUACGUUCUCUGGGUCCUCUACUCGGCCAGACGAGACAGGCAAAAAGCAGCGAGACGUGCCUCCGCCAUGGAAUUGGCGAACGUGGUCAACAACGCUCCGAUGCCCAUAAAUAACGUGGACCACGUUACAACGACGAACGAGUUGCGGAAACCGCUUCAGGACGUUACGUAACGUCGACUGAUCUUUGAACGGAAAAUGAUUUUCUUCUUUUUUCUACUCACCUGAUAAAAUAUUAACGCUUUCAAGUGGCGCGUACGUUUUUUUACGCGAUUAAAAUUGAUUUUUCAUU